UUACCGUUGUUGACGGCGAGUUUUUGUUGCUAACAGUUAGCAUGCUAGUUAGCGUUGGCGUUAGCGCACUGUCUUGUGUUUUUGAGUCACUUGAAGCUCACGCUGGAUGCUAGAAACACGAGGCGUGACAGCACGGGGACGUGUUGGCCACCAAAGUCCGUGUGCUGUCAUCUAUGGACGCGGACUUGUUCGGGUUUGCUGCUCUCAAACGUGACAUUAUUCGACAUUGUUUCUGAGCUAACCAAGAGGGCCUGCGUGAAAAGUGCUAACUAACAGGCGGGUGUAAUAACUCGGGUAAAUUAGUCAACACUGCUGGUGCUUAUGUUGUUACACAAGUGUUCAAAGAGCAACUGUUUACUGGUGUUGACUAAAAUGGAGCAACUAUUUGUUGUGAGAGCUGUCUGACAGAGAUAACAGUUACUGUUUAACUUGACCGAUCGUUGUCUGGCCGUGUUUGUUGUUCACAGUGUCAUAAACAUGAGCCUUAAAACCGCAUCUGACACUGUGGUUUAACUGGACGCCACUGUGCUACAAACUAUUCUUGCCCUGUAAAGGUUACUGUUCCAGCAACAGGGCACCAUCAUGUUGGUCUGUCGGACUUGAAGCAAGUUGAAGACAACUUGAGCAGCUGCAGCCUCAGAACUGCAGCCUGACGCGUAAAGACAUGGGGAACACAGCCACCAAGUUUCGCAAGUCUCUCAUCAACGGCGAUGAGAUUCUGGCCUGCCAUUUAUACGAAAGCAAUGUGCAGUUUAAAGAAGCUCUGGAUCCAAAUGCUACAUAUGGAGAGUCCUACCAGCACAACACUCCUCUGCAUUAUGCUGCUCGACACGCCAUGGCACGUUUACUCAGGUCUUUUCUUCUAAGCAAAGAUGGAAAUCCUAACAAACGUAACAUACACAACGAGACUUCGAUACACCUUCUGUGCAUGGGACCCCAGAUCCUCACCUCAGACGGGGCGCUGCAACCCAGAAUAUCCCGGCCAUAUGAAGAUGAACACAGACGUGCGCAGUGCCUGCAAAUCAUUCUGGCAUGGACCGGAGCAAAGCUGGACCACGGGGAGUAUGAGAGGGCUGAUAUCAACGCGACAGACAAUAAGAAAAACACAUGCCUGCACUAUGCUGCCGCCUCGGGCAUGAAGACCUGUGUGGAGCUUCUGGUCCAAAGAGAAGCAGACCUUUUCGCGGAGAAUGAAAACCGUGAGACUCCAUGUGACUGCGCAGAAAAGCAACACCACAAGGAGCUGGCGCUGUGCCUGGAGUCACAGAUGGUCUUUUCUCUCGCCCCCGAGGCCGAGGGUAUCGAGGCAGAGUAUGCAGCCCUUGACCGAAGAGAGAUAUACGAGGGCCUGCCGCCGCAGGAUCUGCGCAGGCUAAAGGAUAUGCUGAUAGUGGAGACGGCAGACAUGCUGCAGGCGCCUCUCUUCACUGCUGAGGCUCUGCUUCGCGCCCAUGACUGGGACAGAGAGAAGCUCUUAGAGGCCUGGAUGAACAAUGCUGAAGAAUGUUGCCAACGCUCAGGGGUACAGAUGCCUAAUCCACCUCCAAACGGCUACAACGCCUGGGACACGCUUCCCUCCCCACGGACGCCGCGCACACCACGGUCCUCCAUCACCUCCCCUGAUCAGAUCAACCUCACUCCCACGGAUGAAGACUCUGCAAUGUGUGGCAUCUGCAUGUCUUCCAUCUCUGUCUUCGAAGAACCUGUUGACAUGUCUUGUGGUCACGAGUUCUGCAGAGCGUGCUGGGAAGGCUUUCUAAAUCUGAAGAUCCAGGAGGGCGAGGCUCACAACAUAUUCUGCCCCGCCUUUGACUGCUAUCAGCUCGUCCCUGUGGAGGUCAUCGAGAGUGUGGUGUCCAGGGAAAUGGACCGGCGCUACCUGCAGUUCGACAUCAAGGCGUUUGUAGACAACAAUCCUGCCAUCCGCUGGUGUCCCGAGGCUGGCUGUGAGCGGGCGGUCCGACUGAACUCUCAGGCGCCCGGAGCAGCCAACGCAGACCCUCUCAGCUUUCCCCGCCUCCGAGCUCCGGCGGUGGAUUGUGGGAAGGGCCAUCUUUUCUGCUGGGAGUGUCAGGGCGAGGCUCAUGAGCCCUGCUACUGUGACAUCUGGAGGCUGUGGCUUCAGAAAGUCAAUGAGAUGAGACCUGAAGAAUUGGCUGGAGUGAGCGAGGCGUACGAGGAUGCGGCCAACUGCUUGUGGCUGCUGACAAACUCCAAACCCUGCGCCAACUGCAAGUCUCCGAUUCAGAAAAAUGAAGGCUGUAACCACAUGCAGUGUACGAAGUGCAAGUACGACUUCUGCUGGAUCUGCCUGGAGGAGUGGAAGAAGCACAGCUCGUCCACGGGGGGCUACUACCGCUGCACGCGCUACGAAGUGAUCCAACAGGUGGAGGAGCAGUCCAAGGAGAUGACAGAGGAGGCGGAGAAGAAGCACAAGAGCUUUCAGGAGCUGGACCGCUUCAUGCACUACUACACGCGCUACAAGAACCACGAGCACAGCUACCAGCUGGAGCAGCGGCUGCUCAAAACCGCCAAGGAGAAGAUGGAGCAGCUCAGUCGAGCCCUAAGUGGAAGAGCCGGAGGGCCGCCUGACACAACGUUCAUCGAAGAUGCAGUCCUUGAGCUACUGAAGACCCGGCGGAUCCUCAAAUGCUCUUAUCCUUACGGCUUCUUCCUCGAACCUAAGAGCACGAAGAAAGAGAUCUACGAGCUCAUGCAGACGGAUUUGGAGAUGGUAACGGAAGACCUGGCGCAGAAGGUUAACCGGCCUUACCUGCGAACGCCGCGCCACAAGAUUAUCAGAGCGGCCUGUCUGGUCCAGCAGAAGAGACAGGAGUUCCUGGCCUCUGUGGCGAGGGGGGUGGCCCCCAACGACUCCCCUGAAGCACCCAGACGCAGUUUUGCUGGCGGAACGUGGGACUGGGAAUAUUUAGGCUUCGCUUCACCUGAGGAGUACGCCGAGUUCCAGUACAGACGGAGGCACAGGCAGCGGAGACGGGGCGACAUGCCCAGUCUCCAUAGCAACACACCAGACACCGAAGACCCCAGCGACGGCUUUUCAGACACACUGGAGGGUGGAGGACGUCGGCAAGGACCCCUGAUGGGCCUCGGUUCUCUGGAGGACGACGACCCCAACAUUCUACUGGCCAUUCAGUUGUCUCUGCAAGACUCAGGUAUGACGGGAGGGGAGGCCCUGGCACAGGAGGCGUCCCUGGGUGCCAUCGGCACGUCGCUGCCAUCCCGACUGGAGCUAGGCUCCUCGGCCGUGGAGACUCUCCCGCGAGUGUCGUUGAGCAGCUCUGAGCUGCUGGAGCUGGGAGAGGCCUUCACCAGCCAGUAUCCUGCAGCCGCCGGUGUGACUCAGCACGCCGAGGAUCACCAGAGGGUCUACCGGUCAUCUGUGCCAAUUCCUGUGGCUCAAGGGGGCGGGAACUCGUCCACCGGCCUCUUCUCCUCCAGCGACACGUUGGACUCCAACACGUGCAGCAGCCACGAUCCGUCGUCAUCCUGUGGCUUAGCCGCCAACGCUAACCUGCUGGGCAACAUCAUGGCUUGGUUCCACGACAUGAACCCUCAGGGCAUCAGCCUGGUUCCCGCCACCUUCCCGGACACCAACCUGCCAUCGGCGCACGCGGGUGGAGACCUGCUGGUGGAAGAGGAGGCGGCGCGGCGGGAAAACAGGAAACCUCAGGAAGCAGCGCCGGAUUUCUGUCCCCAGAUCGACACGGAGGAGAAGCAGAACGUGGUGGCGGUGGAGCGGCCGACCCAGCUGGACCUGGUCAAGCUGGAGAGCUCGCCCAACAAAGCCACCACGGGGACGUCAGCGGACUCUGCUGCGAGGAGAGGCUCCAAGGUGGUCCACGUGGACACCCCGCAGUGUGACUCAGACCAGCUGCCCAGCACCAGCUCUUCAGAGUGGGAGGAGCAGGUGCACCUGGUGUGACAGUGGGAACAGAAAGUAGCAAACCAAGAGGCCAAAGCUGAGGUGGAAUGUAGGUGGAGUGAAGAAUGUUUUAGGGCAAGAAGAUGUUAGCGUCGCGUGAAGGUCGGUGCCAGACUGGCAAAUCUAAAACACUAACUGGUUUAGAGGUUGAUCUAAUAUUUAUUGAAGAAGUUUAACUGAUAUCAAGUCUUUUCCUUUUUUAUCACCGGAAGUAAGAUGACUACUAACAGAGUGGAGGAGCAGGUGCGUUUGACCCCAAACACAAGGGCAACGUGUGUUUCAGUGCGGUGACUAUAGGCGUGUUUGACCAGCGUCUAAUUAUUAACUAGAAACACUUGAGAUCCACAUGAAGGACACAAACACAGAUGCGCUGCAGACACUGGUGAAGGUGAGGCGAUGGAUCUGGCAGGUUGGAUGACCAAUGUUUCAUCCUGGAUUUGUCGCGUGUGAAACGUCAGAUGGAGUUGAAACGGAUAAGGUCAGACUGAAGGAAGGAUCGAAGUCGCCGGUGGCGUUCGCUGAGACACAGUUCUGAUCCAAUACCAGGUGUGACGGCGCAGCCCUGGACCGCAGAGGGAGCCGAAGUGAUCCAUUAACCCGACUGGACAGGGAACAAUAGGAAAGUAGCGUUUGUCUCGGUUUUGUGGUGAAAUACGUUUUGAGAGGAGGAGAAGUGUCCAGGUUUCCUCCUCCAUCGGUGCCAAACACUCCGGAGCACAGUCACCAAGUGGAUUUGUAGAUAUAGCGACUGACUCGGUUUCACUAACUCACCCACAGGGGGCGCCACUGGGGGGUCCAAAAGGUAGUUCUUCAACUCGAGCACAAUCAAGUUCGGAGUCUCUGGGAUUAUUGUAGUUGUUUUUGAGCCUUGGCAGACUGCAGGGUGCGCGCGCCCGCGCCCGAAACACAGUGCCUUUCCUGUCCGGCGUGAUCUCUCUGCACUAGCGCCGGUCCACUUUCACUCGCUGUUCCUCCGCACCACCGCUCACUUUCCUUUGCCGGGGUUUUUUUUUAAGACGCUAAAACAAGGAGCGCUAUACUCGCGGUCCCUUUUUGACGCGACAUUAGAUUUCUCCAGUGCCAUACGACGUAAGUGGAUCCUUUUUCCCGCGCGCCGCGGCUCCAUUGUGUUCGCCUCCGAGUACCGGCGCUGUAUUAAAAAAAACAACACGACGGUUUUGUAAGAGCUUUUCUACGGUGAAGCGACUAAUCCUUGAAAUGCUGUUUGCACUUUGGUAGUUUAUACUUGAUACAUUCCCUCUUUAUAUGAAGCAGGUUGAUGUGUGAGGCCAAUAAAUGUGUGUUGACUUUUAA